CACUAUAUAUAGCUCUAUCUCUCUACAUAUAUACGCGGAGGGAGAGAGAGAAACUGGGAGAUUGGCAGUGUUAAAUCCUAAUAAGCCCUACGCUACGUUCUCCGUGACCACUUUGUCGUAUAUCCUUCUCAUCCAUCAUCACGUAUGGUAUUGUUACACAGUAGAGGAGGAGGAGGAGGAGGACAAGGAGGAGCGCUGAAAUUAGACGAUAGAAAACAAGCAGAUGUGGUAGCGGAGAAGGGAAUGCGAUUGGGUAAGUAUGAGUUGGGAAGGACUCUAGGGGAAGGCAACUUUGGGAAGGUUAAAUUGGCCAGAAACCUGGAAUCGGGUGAACCUUUUGCCAUCAAGAUAUUGGAGAAGAACAGAAUUAUCGAUCUCAAGAUCGCUGAUCAGAUAAAGAGGGAGAUCGGAACCUUGAAACUCCUCAAACAUCCUAACGUUGUCCGAUUACAUGAGGUCCUGGCAAGCAAGACAAAGAUAUUUAUGGUCCUUGAGUACGUGGAUGGAAGUGAACUCUUUGAGAGAAUUGCAUGUAAGGGAAAAUUUGCGGAAGCUAAAGGGAGAAAACUCUUUCAACAGUUAAUCGACGGUGUCAGUUACUGUCACAACAAAGGCGUAUUUCACAGAGAUCUCAAACUAGAAAAUGUGUUGAUUGAUACCCACGGAAAUAUCAAGAUAACGGAUUUUGGCCUCAGUGCAUUGCCUCAGCAUGUUAGAGAUGAUGGCUUGUUUCAUACAACAUGUGGAAGCCCAAACUACGUCGCCCCUGAAAUUCUUUCAAACCGAGGGUAUGAUGGUGCAACCUCCGAUACGUGGUCAUGUGGAGUCAUCUUAUACGUUAUUCUCACUGGAUACCUCCCUUUUGAUGAUCGAAAUCUUGCAGUACUCUAUCAAAAGAUCUUCAAGGGAGAUGUGCAGAUACCGAAGUGGCUGUCUCUGGAAGCAAAAGACCUAAUAAAAAGAAUACUGGACCCCAAUCCUCAUACUAGAAUAACUAUGGCUGAAAUAAAAGAAAAUGAGUGGUUCAAACGAGAAUAUGUUCGUUUAGAUCCUGGGAAAGAAGAAGAAGAGGAAGACAACAACAAUGACGACAACCGUGAGGAAGACAGCGAUAAUGGUGCUAACACGGAUGAUGAAGUUUCAUCUGUUCAUGAAACUCCUUCAGAUGCAGAUAAAGAACAACAUUCCUCUACUCUGAUCAAUGCCUUUCAGUUGAUUGGAAUGUCUUCAUGUCUAGAUCUUUCUGGCUUCUUUGAGAAAGAGAACGUUUCUGAGAGGAAAAUCAGAUUUACAUCUAAACAUUCUCCCAAGCAACUGCAAGAGACAAUUGAAGAUACAGCAAAGCAGAUGGGAUUGAAUGUCCAGAGGAAAAAAGGAAAGCUCAAAGUAAUUCAACCAUGCAAAGGUCUGAACGUCCUUGGAUGGCUCUCAGUUUUUACAGAGAUUUUUGAGAUAAGUCCCUCAUUAUGUGUAGUAGAGUUGCAAAAAGUUCGUGGUGAUCCUGUCGCAUACAAACAGCUGUGUAAUAAAGUGUCGAAUGAGUUGGGAGUAGCAGCAGGAAGCUUCAAUCAAGCCGCAGAAUUCUAGUAUUGUGAACUACUACUCCCAAUCAAGAGAGAAUUCUUGAGCCGAGCCAAGCCAAUGCAGAAAUUCUAGGCAUAAUAUUCUGUAGUUUAUUUAUAAUUGAAUGAAACAGUGGUGCUGCCAAGACACUUGAAAACAGUGUCGAAACCUAUGUGUAGUUCUGUCCUGAGGCAGCGGAUGAAAAGUAUAUACAUACAAUGAAGCAAGCAUAUAUAUGUUGGUUGUUUCUUUCUCAGCAUCAGGAAAGGCAAUGCCGCCUGACUGACGGUUGUAAGAAUUGGUUCCAAAUCUUCUUAGAAAAAAGAAACAAUACCCAUAGUUAACCAAAAA